AACGUCACAUACACAGAUGUCUUGCCAUGCCCUUUGAUAAGUGACCACGGCAGACCUUACGUCACUGUCAACGCACAUGUCAUUCGUUAUGUACCAAGAUAUAAAUACCUCAGAAAUGAAAAACGCUUUCUUGAAUCCGUAUUUGUUAAAGAUUUUUCCAAACUGCCUUUCCAGCUGGUUUAUGCUUUUGACAAUCCUGAUGAUCAACACGCCGGGCACAGAUGA